UAAAGAAUUUGUUGUCCUAUAGACUGUACACAAGCUUAUAAUGGUCAUACCACACACCGUUCGAAAGCUGAGAACGUCAGCUUUCAUAUGAACCCAUCCUCAAAGAUCAACACUCUCCACACAGCUAACAGUGGGCUAAUCUUCUCUGUGUGUGAUGUCAUCAAAAUUGCAACCGAAAACGGGGUGUACUUACCUUUGAAAAUUUCUCAAUAUUCCCAACGAAUGUUUUAUGGUCCAAGAUUUCUUCUCUGAGUCAUCCAGUGUCCACAAUGUUGGAAUAUCCAGGCCAUUUACUUCAAAUCCUUGUGUUUUUGUGAUAAUCCCAAUGUUUCCUGGCUUCCUGCAUACGUUGUGUAAUUGUAUUUCUUCACUACAAGCGUCUUUGAAGACGAAGGAAUCCACUCCACCGCACGAAAUGCGCAAAACAGUGCCUGAAUGAUGUUCUCGAAGGUCUUAGCUUUUGAUUGACACCACCCACGAGCCAAUCGGAUCCUCCUAUGGAAAGUUACAGGCGAUUGAAGACCAAUAGGGCACUGCUAUUCAAAUCUGACCUCCCGUCUUUACCUCGCCAUUGGCGUAGGACAGUGAGAGUUUCGGGUUUCAUGAGUCACUGAAUAUUAUAGUUGAGAUUCAUAGCUUUCAAACGAGCUAUCACUCGACUGCCUUGGACUUACAGAGAACCACCCACUUGCUGUUUUCGAUGUUUGCGUAAUUGCUCGCGUAAACAGCAAGCUGUAGAGUUUUGAGAGGACGCACCGUUACGCGAGAGAACAGUAGACUUUACACAGACUUCGGAAGACAGCACGGGACAUACAGUUUGCGUACAGUCUUACAGACAGUCUACUGCGUGCAAAAUGUCUGGUAAGAAGGCAACGAGCAAGAAGAAGAAUGUUGCUGGCCCAACUAAGAUGACUGCUCAACAGGCAGCCGAAUGGAUUUUACAAUCCAGCGACGAAGAGUCCGACGCAGGGAGCAUGUCAUCGGUUGACUCUGUGGCAUUUUUGGAAGGACUCGAUCCAGCCUUGGAGAUAUCCUCUGAUGCAGACUGGCUCCCUGAACAGGAGGAGGAGGAGGGGGAGGAGGAGGAGAGCCAGGUGGAGAAAGAGGGGCAGAGAGUUGGUGAGGAGGAAGGAGACGAUCAACCAUCAGCCUCUUCGCCGGCUACCACCAGAGCAAGGAAGAGGAAAGCAGCGCAGCCAUCCAGCGCCACACCUGCCACCAAGAGAGGCAGAGGAAGAGGGAGAGGAAGAGGAAGAGGAAGAGGACAGGGAAGGCGACAGGAGCCAGAGGGAAAUGGUCAGCCAUGGCAGGGGAUGGACGUGGAUGACAUCAUACCACCACAACCAUCAUUCAACCCCGCUCGCGCUCCAGGGCCCCAGGUCGUGGGGGGGGUGCAAUACACCAUACUGCAACUCUUCAUGCUCUUCAUGACAAGAAACACCCUACAGACAAUAGUAAAUCACUCUAACAUAUAUGGACAAAGGAACCACCCUCAUAGAUGGCAUCAGAUGUCCCUGGAGGAUCUGCUUUCAUAUAUUGGUAUGGUGAUUUACAUGGGCCUAGUUGGGGCCAAGUCUGUAAGGGACUACUGGGCGAAGAACGAACUUUACAAUUUCCCCUUCCCCACAUCUAUGUUGUCCGGGAGAAGAUUUGCAGCUGUCUCCAGCAUGCUGCAUAUUAGCCACCCAGACAGUGAUGCAGAGAAUGACAGGAGGAGGGGAACACAGGCCUACGAUCGUCUGUGCAAGAUCCGCCCUCUCUAUGACGAGAUUAGGACUGCGUGUAAAGCUCACUACCAUCCCCAACAACACAUUGCAGUGGAUGAAAGGAUGGUGAAAUCAAAAGCCCGCUCCAUCCUCCGCCAGUAUAUGAAAGACAAGCCCACUAAGUGGGGGUAUAAACUUUUUGUGCUGGCAGAUUCAUCAAACGGAUACACAUGGGACUUUUUUGUAUAUGAGGGGAGAAACAUGGCACUUCAAAAGGGGCUCAGCUAUGAUUCAGUCAUGAAUCUCGUGGACACGCGUGUGCUUGGCCAGGGCUAUAAGCUCUAUGUGGACAACUUCUAUACUAGCCCUACCCUGUUCAAGGACCUCCUGGCCGAGAAGGUAUGGGCUUGUGGAACAAUUAGAGAACAGCGAAUAGGCUACCCGAGAAGACGUCCAGGAGCUCUCACCUCUCAGUCACCACGUGGUACCAUCCGCUGGAUAAGAGAUGAUCCCGUUCUUUUUGUCCAGUGGAAGGACACGAGGGACGUCCGCUUGUGCUCCACAAUGCACACAGCCCACAACCCACAGACCACCGUUCAGAGGAGGGUCAGAGGGACAGAUGGCCGGUGGCAGCUGAAGUCCAUCCCUGCCCCACCAGCUGUCACUGAUUAUAACAAACAUAUGGGGGGAGUGGACCUCUCUGAUGCCAUGAUCGGGUUUUACAACACCGUUCACAAGACCAGGAAGUGGCACAGGACGUUCUUCUAUCACUUUCUGGACAUUGCCAUCGUGAACGCCUUUGUACUUCAUUCCUGUAUGGCAGCAGAGAGGCAUGAGACCCCCCUUACACAGAAGGCGUUCCGGGAGGCCCUGGUGUUGGAGCUGAAGGCAGCGGGGUCACCUUCAACUGGCCCUCCUCCAUCACCUGCUCCAGCUCCCCAAGGUGCACAUCACAAACUGAGGCACUACACGGAAGAUGGCACAGCAGGGAGGCGGAGGUGUGUGAACUGUUCCCUGAAGAGCACCACAGAGUGCACUUCAUGCCAGGUAGUGCUGUGCUUUACGGUGAAGAGGGACUGCUACAAUGAGUGGCAUACAAAGAACAAUUUGUAGGACUCCCCCCUCCCCCUCACUUCUCUUUCUCUCACUCACACACACACACACACACACACACACACACACACACACACACACACACACACACACACACACACACACACACACACACACACACACACACACAAAGGGAAGAAAGAAUGAUGCUGGACUUCCGGACUGGAUUUCAUUUUCACACUUUUCAUUGCCACAUGGCAUGGUUUGCACCACACACACACACACACACACACACACACACA